AUGGAUGAGUAAGAAAGAUAGAAUUAUUUACAGUUUUAUGAGUUUAAUAAAUAAACAAAAGAAAGUCUUCUAUAAUCCAGUUUGAUAGAUGAAGAAUAGUUUGAAAAAUGCAUUUAGUUUAUGAGAGAAAAAGAUAUUUUCAUUUUUAAUUUCAUAGGAAAUAGCAAUUAUAGUUAGAUAUAUUUAGCAUAUUCUGUUGCAACACAAAGAUAUGUUAGCGUGAAAAUUAUUUAAACUUUCACCAAAAUUAUUUAGGAUUAUAUUGCUAAGCCAUUAACUAGCCAUAAAAGUGAUAAGAUAAUUGAAGAUUAUUUGUCUUCUUUUGAAAAAAUUAAAAAUGUUUUACAAAUACAAUCAAUAAAUUAUUUUGAAGAGUUAUAAUCUAUUUUUUUUGUCCAAGAGCUAGGAAUAAAUACUCUUGAUACAUACUUACAGGCAAGGAAGAAAUUUAAUAAAUAGCUAAGUAAAAAGGAAGUCUAUAUGAUUUGCUAUUAACUUUUUGAUGGACUGAGAGAAGUUCAUGACAAAUUUUAAGAUGUUCUACUAGAUAAAAUUGAUUUAUGUAAAAUCAUCUUAACAUCUCAUGGCGAUGAAGUAAAAUAUGAUUAUGAAAGGUAUAGCAAUUAGAUUCAAAAGGUCUAAAGAUAACAAAAAAAUAAUGCUGAAAAUAAAGUUGAUUUUCUUGAAGACAUGCAAAAUUAUGAUAUGAGGAAAUUAGCUGUGGUAUUUAUUAAGUUGACGACAAACAGCACUUUAGAAGUAGAAGAAUCACUACUGAACGACAUUGAAUAUCUUUAAAAAUAAGUUUUCAAUCUAUAAUAUGAAACGUUUAAUAAGCAUGUUAUUUUACCUAUGCUAGGAUUGUGUAAAAAAGUUCCAAAUGCAUCUCUUUAAAAGAUGUAGAAGCGUUUGUAGAAAAUUAUUAAUGCAAAGGGAAUGUCUAUUUACUAGUCCAGUUAGAUUUUAAAGCUAAAUAAUAUUGAUAGUAAAAUCGAAGAUAUGAUAGUAGGAUAGGAAAAGCACAUAUAAAGAGUCAUAAAAGCUGAUCCAAAGUCUCAAACCUUUACAAAGUUGGACAUGUUUUUUGAAUUCAAAUAAAUAGAUUAACUGUAAUCUCUUCGCCUAGAUUUGAAGGAGCCUUAUAUUUUGAAGUAAAAAGCUUAAAGAGUUCAAUACAAUCUACAGAAAGCUCAAAACCUUACAGAUUUAAAACUCGGAUUAAGUAAUAAACAGAUAUUCUAGAGCAGAGUAGAAAACAUAAGCAAAGUGAUACAAUCAUGUCCAAGCAUUCUUUCUUUGUAUUUAGAUUUACAAGGAAAUGGAGUUGGUGUACAUAGCAUUUGUGAGUUAGCUAAAUGCUUUUAGUUGAGCCCUAAAUUAAAUGUUUUAACUUUUAACAUAAAUGGGAGCUAUAUAGGCAAAGAGGGUACAAGAAUUUUAGGAGAAGGACUUGGAAACUGCUCAAAUUUAUAGCAUUUAUUUUUAUAUUUAAGUGGAAUGUACAUAGAUGAAGACGAUGUUAAAAAUAUUAUAAAUGGAGUACAAAAAUUAAAUUUAGAAGAAUUAAUGAUUGAUUUAAGCUUCAAUUAAAUAGAUUAAGUUGGUAUGAGAACCAUAAAAAAGUUUAUUAAAGAAGCAUCUACCCUCAAAGGGUUUUAGAUAAAUUUUCAAGAUAAUUAUUUAGGAAAUUUAGGAAUAAAUGAGCUUUGUGAAGGAAUAAAAGAAAAUAAGAUAAUUGAAUAUUACUGUUUAGAUAUAAGUGAUAACAAAAUAAAUGAUGAGGGUUUUUUGUAACUUAUUUUGGCUUUAAAAGAGUGCCAACAAAUAAAUAACUUAACUCUAACAAUGAAGAGUAAUAAACUUUCGAAUAAGUACAUAGAGCUUUUUAUUAUGCUAUGUCAUCACCUAUAGAAUCUGAAUUCGUUGUACUUAGAUUUAAGGAUAAAUAAAAUAGAAGAUAGCGAUCUCUUAAUUGUUCAAAAAAAUUUAAAAGAAAUAGUAAAAAAUUUGAUAAUAAUGAAGCAUAAGCAUUGA